ACGAAGAAUGUUCUGUCAAACGAAGAUUUAUUUUGAAUCUCUCUGUGAAUAAUGAUCAAGCGGGACACAAUCCUUUACUGUUGUAUAUUAGUACAUGCAAGUAAACUUCUAGAUAAGCUCUACAGCUAUGCCUGACCUGCCUGGGAGAGGGCUUGGGGACUUAUAUUGCGGCCAAACCCCAGACUAAAAGCUCACUAUUUCCUGACCAGAACCUUACCAAAGCCAAAUUAGAAGGCUUAACUUAGUCCUCAAAUCUGCAGAACAUGUUAUAGCUUAAGACAAUGAGUGUUUCUCGUUCAAUCUUGGAAGCACUAAGACUAAAGAAUCCCAAACUUCCGUUGCUAGAAUCCUGCUCUUGUUUUUCCCAUCUAAAGAUCAUCCAUGGCCAUAUGAUAAGAACCCAUAUCAUACUCGAUGUUUUUGCUGCUAGUCGCCUGAUUGCCUUGUGCAUAAAUCCUGCGUUUCAAGCUAGUUUACUAGAAUAUGCCUUACGUGUCUUCACCCAGAUUCAAAACCCUAAUCUGUUCAUUUAUAAUGCAUUGAUUCAGGGCUUUUCUGGUAGUGAAAAUCCACACCAGGCCAUAUGUUUUUAUUCCCAGUUGCAAUGCCAAAGCCUGGUUCCAGAUAAUAUAACAUUCCCAUUUUUAGUCAAGUCUUGUACUAAAUUGGGUUCUAAAGAUAUGGGAAUUCAAGCUCAUGGUCAGAUUAUUAAGCAUGGAUUUGAAACUGAUGUUUAUGUGCAAAAUUCUCUUGUUCACAUGUAUUCUACAUGUGGGGAUAUAAAGUCAGCAAAGAAAAUCUUUAGCAGAAUGCGUUAUUUCGAUGUUAUUUCUUGGACUUCUAUGAUUGCCGGUUACAACAAAUGCGGUGAUGUUGAUUCAGCACGCCUGUUGUUUGAUAAAAUGCCGCAGAAGAAUUUGGUUACAUGGAGUAUAAUGAUCAGUGGGUAUGCGAAAAGCAAUCAGUUUGAUAAAGCUGUAGAGUUGUUUCAAAUCCUUCAAGAUAAAGGCAUUAAAGCUAAUGAAACGGUUAUGGUCAGUGUGAUAUCUUCAUGUGCUCAUUUGGGUGCUCUUGAGCUAGGAGAAAAAGCUCAUAACUAUGUAGUGCGACAUAACUUGACUGUAAAUUUGAUACUUGGGACAGCUCUGGUUGACAUGUAUGCAAGAUGUGGGAGUAUAGAGAAAGCGAUUACAGUAUUUGAGGAGCUAACGGAAAGGGAUACGUUAAGUUGGACAGCUCUCAUUGCAGGAAUUGCAUUACAUGGCAAUGCGGAGAGAGCUCUCAAGUACUUCAACGAAAUGUUGGAGACGGGUUUAGCCCCAAGAGACAUUACAUUUACUGCAAUUUUGUCAGCUUGCAGCCAUGGUGGAUUGGUAGAGAAAGGUUUGGAGAUAUUUGACAGUAUAAAAGGAGACUAUAAAAUGGAGCCUAGAUUGGAACACUAUGGAUGUGUGGUUGAUUUGCUAGGCAGAGCAGGGAGGUUAGCUGAAGCAGAGAAGUUUGUCCUUGAUAUGCCUGUGAAGCCGAAUCCCCCAAUAUGGGGGGCAUUGCUUGGAGCUUGCAGGAUUCACAAGAAUGCAGAGGUUGCAGAAAGAGCAGGAAAGAUAUUGAUCGAGUUGCUACCUGAACAUAGCGGCUACUAUGUGCUCCUUGCUAACAUUUAUGCGCGAACAAACAAGUGGGGGAGUGCCGAGAAAAUGAGGCAUAUGAUGAAGGAGAAAGGAGUUAAAAAACCACCAGGUUAUAGUCUAAUUGAGAUAGAAGGAAGAGUUCAUAAGUUUACCAUUGGAGAUGAAGCACACCCAGAAAUCAAAAACAUCGAAAGAAUGUGGGAGGAGAUUGUGCAGAAGAUAAGAUUGGCAGGGUAUACAGGGAAUACAGCUGAGGCAUUGUUUGAUGUAGAUGAAGAGGAAAAAGAAAGUUCACUUUACAGGCACAGUGAGAAGCUUGCCAUUGCAUUUGGAAUUACAAAGACUAAAUCUGGUAUGCCAAUUCGGAUAGUAAAAAACUUGAGGGUUUGUGAAGAUUGUCACACAGCUACAAAGCUUAUUUCGAAAGUUUUUGAUCGAGAGUUGAUUGUGAGAGACCGGAACCGGUUCCAUCAUUUUAGAGACGGUACUUGUUCUUGUAUGGAUUACUGGUAAGAUUGUGAAGUUGAGAAACUUGCUAUAUACCAUCCUGCAAUGAAUGAAUUUCUUUCAUGGCGAA